AUGUUAAACUUCCCUGUACAGCUCCCCCAAACGGUGACAUCCAACCUGUACACCAGUGGUACUCAGUAUGGGAUUCUUCUCUCACUUAUGUCAUCUAUGCUUUCUGUUUCAGUGAGCGAAUUCACUAGUACACAGGCCCCGACAUCUUGUAAACGCCCUCCAUCUAUGGCGGGAGAUAUAGAGUUGAAUUACACUUUACCUAUCUACCCGGCAUGUGGAGAGUUCACGAUGGGCAACGGUUCGGUGAUAAUCAAGAUCCCUAAACUGCUUCCUACACCAUUCUUUAAGAGUUGUAGGAGAGAUGGUAUUCCGGCUGGGCAUCGGAUCUGCAGAACACCAGAUUGUCUAUCUGGACCGUGUAAAAAUGGAUGGUGUGAAGAGACCAUGGAAGCUUAUCACUGUCAUUGCCCGGAAGGGUUCUCUGGAAAAGACUGUUCCAUAGCUGCCCAAACACCUACCGAUUCGUCGGUUCAUACUUCAAACGUGUCCAUCCAGUCUAAUGUGUUUACAGAGAGCCCGACUUCCACACCACAGACGACCCAGUCAUCAUCUUCUAUGUGGGCUUCGCUGUCGUCUGCAUUCACUUCUCUGAUGUCGACAGCGCCGGCGACAGCGGUAAUGUCGACAACAGUGACCACGAUGCCGAAUGAGGAUAAAUGCAAAUCAGAUACAUCGAUAAUUGAAGAGGAAAGAUCCUUCAAACCAGCGCUAGAUGAGACUCAAGUUGGAUACUAG